GCUUGGAUAUGUGAAGCGGGCGGAUGACAACAGAAUUCUCAAACAGCUGUUAUAUGGCGAGUUGGCUCAGGGUAGCCGAGGACGACCAAAGUUGAGAUUUAAGGACACGUGUAAGAGCAGCCCGACCAAGUGCUAAUCGAUGCAAAGACUUGGGCAGAGUAAACUGAAGGUCGAACUGCUUGGUAGACCUCAAUGAACAAAGAAAUGAAACAGCUCGAGCAAAGAAAACAUCCCGGGCCUCGAAACAAAACGAAAUAAAAACAACAGAUCGCAGCUCUGCAGCACCUUCCUUGCUUGCAGAUUUUGCUGCAGAACUUGUUCACCAAACAUAGGAAGGAUCAACCAUGAAAAAAGCUGUAGGAAUAAGAUUACGGGUACCUAAUUAAGAUAUUCUCCGCUACUAUCAACAAGUAACGAACCGAGUAUACAUAUUUUUAAUCGGAAAGCAUGCGGAUUACUAAAGUUGGAACUCUUGUGUCUACUAAUUGGCUGAAGGAUUGUUUGUCAUCGUCGUCUGCAGACAAACUUCGUGUUCUAGAUGUUUCUUGGGCUCGUCUCCAAAAGCCUGGUGUUGGCUACGAGAAGUUCUACAAGAAGCAACAUAUUCCUGGAUCCAUCUACUUUGAUCUGAACCAGUGCAAUACCCCCACUAAAUAUGUACCAUUCAGCUUACCAGAUACAAAUUGUUUAAGUGAAUACAUUGGAAGUUUGGGAAUUUCAAAUAAGAAUUAUAUUAUCGUUUAUGAUCAGCAAAAUAACAGCUCAGCAUUCCGAGCCUGGUGGAUGUUUAAGUACCUUGGUCACUCUGCUGUAUCACUGUUAGAUGGAGGAAUGGCCAAGUGGAUUGCUGAUAACUAUGAAGUGACAGCAAAACCGACGACACACGAGAAAUGCAACUUUGAGAUUCAUCUUGAGCCAAAACGUUUUAAGUCCUUUGAAGAAGUGGUAAAAAAUCUGGAAACCCAAACUGAAAAAGUUGUCGACUGUCGUAGUUCUGAAGAUUUCCAUGGAGAUCCUGAAGAUAAACUCGGUCACAUUCCUCACUCCAAGAAUUUACCAUAUUCAAAACUAUUCAAACCAGAUGGUACCAUGAAGUCAAAGGCUGAACUAAAAGAAUUGUUUACAGCUUCCGGAAUCUCGCUUGGAAAGCCUUUAAUUUGUACGUGUAAUAAGGCAGUAACUGCUUGUGGUGUCGCUGCUGCUGCCGAAAUUCUUGGUAAAGAAGAAAUCACCGUCUAUAUGGGUUCUUGGCAUGAAUGGUCUCAGAGAGCUGAUUCCAAACAUAUUGUUUAAUCUCAGAAAUUCCAAGUUACAGUGCAGAAUCUUUUUGAAAGUAAUUUAAAGUGUGAUCCGAAAUUAUACAAACAUUUUUUAGAAACUUUUUAUUUAAAUUUGCUUUUGUGAUUUGUUUUCAUCCAAGAAAAAGAGGUCAGUAAUUUUCUUUGAAGU